AUGAGCAAGAAAUUGGGAAAAUACAACAAAAUUUCUCUAGGGGAAGGGGCCGAAAUUCGGCCCCAAAUCGACCCUAAAAAAAUCACUGCUAAGUGUGAGGCUAAGUGUGAGGCUAAGUGUGAGGGUAAGUGUGAGGGUAAGUGUGAGGGUAAGUGUGAGGCUAAGUGUGAGGCUAAGUGUGAGGGUAAGUGUGAGGGUAAGUGUGAGGGUAAGUGUGAGGCUAAGUGUGAGGGUAAGUGUGAGGGUAAGUGUGAGGGUAAGUGUGAGGCUAAGUGUGAGGCUAAGUGUGAGGCUAAGUUUGAGGCUAAGUGUGAGGCUAAGUGUGAGGCUAAGUGUGAGACUAAGUGUGAGGGUAAGUGUGAGGGAAAGUGUGAGGCUAAGUGUGAGGGUAAGUGUGAGGCUAAGUGUGAGGCUAAGUGUGAGGGUAAGUGUGAGGCUAAGUGUGAGGGUAAGUUUGAGGCUAAGUUUGAGGCUAAGUGUGAGGCUAAGUGUGAGGCUAAGUGUGAGGGUAAGUGUGAGGCUAAGUGUGAGGGUAAGUGUGAGGGUAAGUGUGAGGGUAAGUGUGAGGGUAAGUUUGAGGCUAAGUGUGAGGCUAAGUGUGAGGGUAAGUUUGAGGCUAAGUGUGAGGCUAAGUUUGAGGCUAAGUGUGAGGCUAAGUGUGAGGCUAAGUGUGAGGGUAAGUGUGAGGCUAAGUGUGAGGGUAAGUUUGAGGCUAAGUGUGAGACUAAGUGUGAGGCUAAGUGUGAGGCUAAGUGUGAGGGUAAGUGUGAGGCUAAGUGUGAGGGUAAGUUUGAGGCUAAGUGUGAGACUAAGUGUGAGACUAAGUGUGAGGCUAAGUGUGAGGCUAAGUGUGAGGCUAAGUGUGAGGCUUUGUGA